UCCACUUGGUGGCGCUGCUGUGUGAAACAGACACUGACUGACAACAGGCGAAGAAGAAAAAGUCUCGCUGCAACAAUGGCGGUGAUGAGAGGAAGCUUGGUAACAUUGCUCAAGGGUCUGAGUGGCCCCCGGUGGCAGCAGCUUGCCUCUCGACCCCUGAGUGUUUCAGCUGAAGUUCCACCAGCUCGUGCAGAUGCAACCUUUAAGGUCACAAUGGUUCCCGGGGAUGGCGUUGGACCCGAGUUGAUGACUGCUGUCAAGGAUGUGUUCAAAGCUGGAGAUGUUCCUGUGGAAUUUGAGGAGUUCCAUCUGAGUGAAGUCCAGAACAUGGCCAGCGAGGAGAAGCUGGAACAAGUGCUGACCUCAAUGAAGACCAACAAAGUAGCAAUGAAAGGAAAGAUCCACACACCAAUGGAGUUCAAAGGGGAGUUAGCUUCUUACGAGAUGAGACUGAGGCGUAAACUGGACCUGUUUGCCAAUGUGGUUCAUGUGAACAGCCUGCCAGGCUACAGCACACGUCACAACAACCUGGACCUGGUCAUUAUCCGGGAGCAGACGGAGGGAGAGUACAGCUCGCUGGAGCAUGAGAGUGUGACUGGUGUUAUUGAAUGUCUGAAAAUCAUCACCAGGGAGAAGUCCAGGCGCAUCGCCAAGUUUGCCUUCGAUUAUGCCACUAAGAAGGGGCGCAGCAAGGUCACAGCUGUUCACAAAGCCAAUAUCAUGAAGUUAGGCGACGGCCUUUUUCUGCAAUGCUGUGCGGAGGUGGCACAACUGUACCCCAAAAUCAAAUAUGAGACUAUAAUCAUUGACAACUGUUGCAUGCAGCUGGUCCAGAACCCGUACCAGUUUGAUGUGCUGGUCAUGCCCAACUUGUACGGCAACAUCAUUGAUAACCUGGCAGCAGGCCUGGUGGGGGGAGCAGGUGUUGUUCCCGGGGAGAGUUACAGUGCAGAAUAUGCAGUCUUUGAGACGGGCGCUCGCCAUCCCUUUGCACAAGCAGUAGGCAGGAACAUUGCCAACCCCACGGCCAUGCUGCUCAGUGCUGCCAACAUGCUCCGGCACCUCAACCUGGACUACCACUCCCAAAUGGUGUCUGAUGCUGUCAAGAGGGUCAUCAAACAGGGCAAGGUGCGGACGCGAGACCUCGGCGGUUACUCGACCAUGGGCGACAUUGUGCGUGCUGUUGUGGAUAACCUGCGACACCGACCUGUUUACUAAGAUGUGUGGCCUCAUAUUGUGGUUUUUCUUCAGUAUGAUCAUUUGUGACUUGUCUCUCUUGACUGCCCACAUGACACUUUGACCAAUGGAAUGUUUUUUAUACUAAGUUAACUCCAACUACAAAUGUUUGACCAGGUCAGUAGUGCUCACAUUAACAGACUCCCUUAAAGCUGGACCUCCUGCCUUUUCUCACUUUAUACACUUACAGUGAAUGUUUUUUGGAGAAAAUUCACUUUUUUGUAUUUGACUCUCAAGCUUUAUCGUGACACAGUGAUGCUGUUUGUGCCUUGUUUUGGAACUACAGUACUAAGAACUUCACAAAAAUGUCCAUGUUUAUCAUUCCAAUUUGAUAAAAAUGUGUAACAUGAACUAUGCUGAUAAAUGAAAUAAAGAGAGCCCAAAUCACCAAACACUUAGAGGUGGUC